GAUAAACGCAAUCUAUGCGAAAUCUGUCUGUUCAAAUAAGCAUUCAAUAUGCACAAUACAAAAUAGUAGAUAAAAAGAAUCGGCUUGUUUAUUGGAAGCUUAAAGAUCUGUAUGGUAUUGAAUAAAGUGCUCUAAAAUUGACUGAUAUUCGAACUGCUUAAUCAAUCAUCCUAUAUUUAGGACGUAAUUUUAUUCCUUUGUGAUUCAUUUCGGUUUGUUAUUUAAACUGGAGUUUUUUUCACAUUUUUUUUUGAACAUAUGAACGGUGGGAAAAAAAGGUAAAAAAACCCACAGAAACUGUUAUCUGAAUUGGGCUCUUUCAAAUAAUUAUGUAAACAUAAUUAUUCUGAAGUUUUUAUAUUUGUGGUUUGUUAACAUAUUCAGUGGCUAAAUCCGGAUAUAAGUGGUUUACAGUGGCAAAGUGUGCUAAAAAUUCGACAACAAGAUAACGUUUACGUUACGUCGAAGGAACGUUUAAAUUUGAAUAUUCGCUGAGGGAUUGCAACGAAAGAAUAAAAAAAUUAAUAAAUAAUAACAAUAAUAAAAACAGAACAGUUUAGCAGGAAGAUAAACAAGAAACAUUAAUAAUUCAAAAACGUCAACGAAACUUGACCAAACAGCACACACGAACGCUAAACGCUGCAAUGUAGCUUACCAACAGACGCGGACGCUCGUCUUUGACUUUUGAAGGCCCAUAAGAGGUUUUGAGACCCAAAAUGAAACAGGACGCGAGGUUUUGUUAUCCAGAUCCCGUGACGUCCAGCGUCGUAUUUGACGUAGAAAACCGGAAAUUAUACGCGUCUAAGGAAGUGUUGGCGCUAUGUUCCCCUGUGUUCAGACGCAUGUUUGAAUCGGACUUCCGGGAGCGGACGGCAGAAUGGAUCACACUUCCGGGAAAGACGUACAAGGAGUUUACUGACUUCCUUUUGUGUCUAUACCCUGACACACAGAAAUCACUCACAGAUGACACGGUAUUUUCGGUUUUUCAUCUAGCGGAUGAAUACCAAGUGGAAAUUCUACAGCGGAAGUGUGAGGACUAUUUGAUGUCAAAAUGCAAGGAUACAAACACGGCGUUGAGUGCUUUGGUUAACAUCCUGUUGUGCGCGGAGAGUUACAAUUUGAAAGAUUUGUUCAAUGUGUCGUUUGACCGCGUGUCAAAAAUUAACCCGGAGCAGGCAAAAGCUAUUCAAGAAUUCUCAAAAUUGUCUGAAGAUACGAAAUUGAACUUCAACCGACUCAGGCAGCAAGCAUUGGACAUCAAACUGACAGACGGAAACGUACAUGAAGUUCUACGAGUAGCGGCGGACUACAACGAAUCAGAUCUCGUGAGCCAAUGCGAGAAUCACAUGAUAGCGCGCUGCAAGAAAAACGAGAAGCCCCUAAUUCACGGUCUGGUGAGCAUGCUCAGUGCAGCCGACAAACACAAGUUGACAAAAUUAAAAGAAGAAGUGCUUCAGCUUGCGGUAAAGAGAAAAUCACAUGAACUCGAGGCAUCGCCGAUCUUUAAAACGUUGUCUGCUGAAACCAGGUGCAAAGUGUUAAUCAAACGUUUGAAGAUUUUUGAGGGGCUUUUCGCGAAAUUGUGUAAACUGAGGUGCCACUGUUGUCGAAAGCAUGCGGAUUAUAACUGUAAGAUCUGUUUUAUAUUAACGACUAAAGAGUGCUUUGAGAACGCUGGAUUAACGUUUUAAGAAAGUUUUUGACGAAGAAACGACGACACAAUUAUAUUCCAGCCGGUAUUUUCGGACGAUUAUUCGUCAUCCGGAAGGUUUACAAUCUGUAUUGAAAUCAAUUCGCAUCUGUUCGGUUAUAUCAUAGCAAAUGAUUUUAAUUAUAGCGCCGAAAAAAACGUCUCAAAUUCAUAGCAUUGUAAUAACGUCACGAUCAGACUGUUCAAACAUGAGGUUAAAGCUGCACUCUCACAGAUUGAACGUUUUGACAACUUUUUUAUUUUUUGUCUUGGAACGAGCCAAUUCAUGCGAACAUGCAUGGAAACUAGUGAUAUAAGACUGCUGACAAAAAAUAGAUAGCAGACUUUAAUACUUAUAAUAAAAAAAUAGUGUUUAAUGCGUUUUUCUAAACCGUUACUAACGCUUUUAGCCAUAAAACAUUAAUUUUCGGACGGAAAUAUGAAAAUCUGCGAUCUGAUCUUUUGUCAGCAGUCUUUCAUCACAGGUUUGCAGAAAUUUACGCAAAAAUGAGCUCAUUUCAAGACAUAAACUAAAAAAGUUGUCAAAGCGGUGAAUCUGCGGGAGUGCAGCUUUAAAAGCAGAAAACAAACACAUGCAUGUGAACUUGGAUUUAGUAUAUAUUAUAAAUUCAGAGAAAAGCUGGCGAUCAAUUCCAAAUAAAUAAACUCUUUUAAUCUUUUAAUCAGUCGUUGUUGUUCAGAAAAAAAAUCAGUUAUAGAAGUUAAGUUUCAUCAUCGUUGGAUACACGCGAUUGAUCUAUUCCGUUACUGGCAUUUCAUGGAAUGUAUUUUGGAUGACGGAAUGGAUAAAUUGUAGGAAUCCUAAAAUAGGUUUGAUUUCAGUCGUAUUUUGUGUACAAAAUUUAUUUAUUCUUUUUGAAAUAAUUCCUACAAAACUUGGAACUGCUCAAUACACGCGCCUUGAAUAUUUUGUUCAAUAAAGAUUGAUUAACUGAUUACGUUGUCACUUUAAAUAUCAAUUUGUUAAAUUAUGUUCAUAAUUAUCUAUAAUAAACAUUUUUGCAAAAUGCCAUUUGUAAGUGUUUUGACAGAGACAGCAUCGUAAAAUAUUGGCGUGAUUAAAUAUUCCAGACUAGGAGAAUAUGUUAAUGGUGUCCGGAUUGAAUUUCGUUUUGAAUUUAUGACAGCCAUAUCAGAUGUUUAUGCUUCACAGAUUGUCGCGGCGAAGAAUUUGGGUUUCAAAAUCUAUUUCUGUUAAAAAAAAGCAAAAUCGGCUAUUCGAAACUGUAUCAAAAGUAAUAAGACAAUCAUUGGGUCGAUUGUUCAGAGCUUUGUUAAAGUAAACAACGCUGUUAACGUCAUUGUAUUGUUGUUAACUUCAUUUUCUUUCAUGCUUUACGAUGAAAUAUGGGGUAUUAACAGUGAAAUAACAACAGUGAAAAUAUCAAUUUGAUAUUUUCACUGCAAAAUAAGGAGUGAAAAUAUCAAUUUUCAGAACUACUUUUAAAAUCCUUUGUUGUUACAUGUACUUGCCUUGGUCAAAACAGAACACUGGACUUCAGUAAAUUAUGUCAAAAAAUGUUUUAAAAAUAAUAAAGAAAUAUUUUAUAAAUUUAAAUAAAUAUAUAAUUGGAAAUUAACAACUUACCGUUUAUUACCGGUUAUCCCGUUUAUCAAACAUUUUACUGAUCUUUGAAGCUGAAUGUUCGAACAUUUGCUUUCAUUCCAAACAAAUUACAGACAAAAACAACUGUUCGAACAUAAAUAAUUUUUUAUAGCAUCGUUCAAAUGUAUUUUGAACUGUUAACCGUUGUAGUACGUAAAAUGAGCUUCCUGGAGAAUUCACACAACAAUUUACAGAUAGAUCCGAUAUUUUUUACCCCACCCACAUCUCAAAAUGUGUCAACAAACUAGCGUGGCAUUUACUCUUCUGGAAAACAAACAUUUUAAAGCGAAACAGACUGGUCUCUGACAGUAAGAUGACUGAAUAUUAACUUACUAUAAAAACACGCGUAUAUGCAGUCUUAAACUAAGAAGAAUGGUUAAAAUCCAAUGAGUAUCCAUUUGUUUUGCUAACACAUUUGACCUUCCAAAUUUUCAUUCUAUAAAUAGCGGCGUAGUAAUUUGGUUAAAAUAAAAAGUAUUUUCAUUAUUUUUUGGAACAUUUGUGCACUAAUAAUACUUCAUUUUUUACUGUUCAUAAAGCUUUGCAAUAAAAACGAGCGAAUAUUAAGCUAUAAGAAUGAAUAGCAGAGAACUAUUUCUCAGCAAACCGAAAGUAGAAAAGUUGACAGCUAUAAUUAUGCAUGAGGGGCGCCCCACGGGUUGCGGCGUAAAGCCCACCCUUUUCAAAAAGGGGGUAAUUCAGAAAUAAAUAAAAAACAAAUAAAACUCCGAAAAUAAGCAUAAAAG